GUGCGAUAUUAUCCUGACGGGUAAUCAUGCGUAGGUGGAACACUACGUUUUUUGCAGUUAUAGCGGCGCUCUGGUUAUCGACUUACCUCUUUCUCGAAGUGGUUCACGGUUCGCUGUUGUCCACAAAUGUAACUGAUUCCGGCUUCCGGAGCUACGAGAUUACAUUUUUACGAAAUUGGCUUCACGCAGUUCAUAGAGGUAAGCGGGAUCUCGUCGCACCGCAAAACGUACGAGAUAUAUUGAUUCGUGGAGCAACUGCUCACAGGGAAUACACGGACGAAGAACGAGCCUAUGUUCCAAGUGAAAUCUCGUCCAGAAGCGCAACGGAUCUAACAGCGAGGCAGGGAGAUGAGUCGACGGUUCACGUUCUCAUAACGAGCAAACCUAGGAAGGUCCAAACCCUGAUAGACCUCGAGCAGGAAGACAAACGAGUAGAAAAAGUAGAGGAGGAGAACGGAAGACGACAAUUGUCUACGAACAGGCAUUCCGAGGAUGCGAAGAUCUCCCUCUUCACAAAUUCAAGACUCGACGCUACCCCGACCGUUGGCACGACCCUAACACCGGUGAGCGAUACCACCGUAGCGAGGAGGACGAAGACCGACGUGAGAACAGCUACAAGGACUGCGGACGAUCGGGACCUGCGAUUGAAUCGAACUUUGAUGGAAUUUGCCGACCGGCUAGCCGGGGUGGAGUUCAGGGUCACCGUCUUCGAGAAGGUACUCGUAGAUUUGGCCAGGUGGUGUGGCGAGUUGGGGACUUUGUUUCCCAGGAAUUGCGUGCACGGCCAGGAGUCUGCUGCCGGCGGUCCUCGUUACGGAUGGGACGGGGUCGUUCCGUCGGUACCUCAGAGAAACUUUGAUCGCGAAGACCGCCUCGCCCUUGCCUCCGGAAUGAAUGCAGUUCGACGAAGACCGUUGCAGAUCGGAAACCGUAGUCGAUACGUUUUCAGGAACGCAGCCACCAGGGAACCGAACCAGCCGGGUUAUCCGCCGAGGCAGAUCCAUGCGGUAGGCUGUAACGAUGGACUCGAUACGCUCGGAAGAGCUGCUCCCCAAAGACUUCCCUGCGAAAGAUCGUUGAGGGUGAAUCGCGCUUCUUCGCGGUAUGAUUCUUCCGAUGUUUCGACAACCCGUCGUAGCAUCGUGUCAACGAAUGAUGUCUCCUGGGUUUCUCCUUUUCCACAGAUCGAGGGUAGAGGGAAACGGCCAAACGAUUAUCGCCAAAAUCAGCGGGCUGCACGGGUUACGAAAAGCUCGAAAAUAACCCAACUGAAAAAACCGAAAUUUGGUUUCGAAAUCUCGAGGGUACGACGCUCGUUGAAUCCGAACGACGAGGAUAUUCGAGUCAAGCGAAUAAAGCGCGCUAUAGGCCGUGCGGAAUUACGUAGCCCAAAAAGAGCUGAAAAAGAAAAAAAAGGGCCAUUCGAGCGAGCGGUCCGCGUUCCAAGGUCGCAAUCAGCGAGGCCGUAUCGCGUAGCGGCCCCUUUGACGCUCUCGGGUUACCGCAGUGACUUUGACAACUUGGCUGCAAAUCCUUAUACGAUCGUAAAUCGGCGGCACUUUCAUAACGCACGCUUCUCGGAUACCGUCCUGCCAAUUUUUACCUUGACCAUACCGAAGAGAAAAACUGAGGGGCCCUACGCCGUACCUGGUCAUAGUUUUCUGCCUACUUGGACCGGAAAUACGACAGGCGUGGAGUUCGAAGAGAAAUCGCUCCGUACGCAGGACUCCCUGAUUCCAGAAGGUGACUCGGAUCACAUUUACGAAAUGAAAGCUCGGGAUUCGGACUCCGACUACUACGACGAUCGGGACGAGGCGGUAUCCGUCACUGCGGCAUAUGGCCAGGUCGAGUACACGGACGGUUCCAACAUCGAGAUCGUCACCGAAACCGGCCCCGCAAGGCCGAGGAAAGUGGAAACGGAACAGGGCGUUUACGGAUCGCGAGGAGAGUCGCAGGGUACCAAGAAUUACCGAAAACGAUCAAGGAUCGCUACGGGGGGACAGGAAUCGCUAUUUCAAGGCGAUCGCUCGACCUUGGAAGCGGUCUGAGUACGGUGGUGACAAACUUCGAACCGCGAUCAUGGCUGCGGGGAAUCACGGAACGAAUGAUGUGGAUUCGGAUUACGGACUGCGUACACCUCUGAAUGCCUCGCGUGAUAACGACCUCAGCGAGUUUGACGAUGAAGUAGAUCGGAAGGAAAAAUUCUCCAACUUCCUUCGGUACGUCGAAAUUUCAUCUCGAUGCAACACGGAAAACGUUACAGGGCUGAGCUGGAAUGAAGAUAGGAAAUGACCGGCGGUUUUUAGUAGAUCCUCUGUAGAUUUAGACUAAAAAAUCGGAUGAAAAAAGUAAAAUAAUUAUUGUAAACCGUGCACCGAUAUUGCGGGCGGUUUCCGUUGUACCUGGGCGAAUUUCCCAUAGUCACAGGAUUCGGAGUGGUCCGUCGCUGCGCGAACGGGAAGUUUGACAGUGUAGGAAAAUUAGCUGGAGCUGCAGUAGGUUGGUAAUUGGUGUGGGGGGUAGGGUCGUGUAAUUUGAAAACGGUCGAUCCUUAACGCGUAAUGAGGGAGGCGGAAAGGCAGGCAGUCCGCCAACCACCCUUUCCCUUUGCCUGCAGCACAAUCACUGCAGGGACAUUGUCGGGAUUAUCUCGUGAGCGCAUACCACACCCACAUUCACUGCACACGGUCAACUCCCGGCGGACGUGAAUACCUACGUGGGUAGAUAUACGCUACAUCCCGUACUCGCGCCAGGGGAUGAUGGAUGUACCUGAAAACCGAAGGG